AUGCGCCUCUGCCAGAGCAUUGAGCUGAUUUCGCAUAUUGGAGGCGUUCAUAGCCUGCGCUGCAUUGUUUGCGGCGUUGGCCAACUUGGCGAGGUACUGCUUCGCCUCCGGUGGCAGGUCGGCCUCGUUGGUCCAGAAGCUUCUCAGUCCGGGAGAAGGCGUGUUGACGCCCCAGUUGAAGCUUGCAUUUGCUGUAUGCCUGUAGUUGACCCGAAGGGCUGCGACACCGUUGAACCCAUCGAAAAGAGCGAUCCGGUGGUCCCAGCUGGGUUGGUGGACCCGAAGAGACCGGUUGUUCCGGUCGUUGAUGGGGCUCCGAAAAUGUUAGUAGAAGGUGCCGUCAUGGUGUUUGUGGUGGUGGGCGUACUACCGAAGACAUUGGGUAGGCUGGUGCUGGUUGGCGUAGUGCUGCUGCCGAAAAGGCCGCCGCCAGUCGUACCGGUUGUAGUUGAGCCGAAAAGCCUUGUUGUACCUGUAGUCCCCGUUGCUGGUGUUGUAGAUGCGCCAAAUAAGUUUGAGGAGCCGAACAGUCCUGUGCUUGUGGUGCCUGUCGUAGACGGGGUGGUGGUGCUUCCAAAGAGGCCCUUGUUGGCACCCCCGAAUGCCGAGGUGGUGGACGAUCCAAACAGGCCGGUUGAAGUAGACGUACCGGUAUUGCUGCCGAAGAGCCCAGUUGACGCGGUAGUGGUUCCAGCUGGCGUAGUGCUUCCGAAUAAACCUGCAUUGCUGUGA